UAUAAAAGUUGGCGUUUCAUUAGAGGAUUUAGCGGUUAAAUUUGCUUGUAGCGAAAUACAUUACUUAUACUUCAAAAAUAAACUUGAAAGAUGGAUGUCGAGUUGCCCUACAUGGUAGAAUAUUCAAAAACAGGUCGAGCUUCUUGUAAAGGAUGCAAAACUCUCAUUCCAAAGGAUGUUGUAAGGAUUGCUGUGAUGGUUCAGUCCGCCUUUCAUGAUGGGAAAACGCCAAAUUGGUUUCACAAGGAUUGCUUUUUUAAGAAGCAAAAGCCGGCUUCUGUGGGGGAUAUUAAGAACUUUGAAAAUUUGCGAUUCGCAGACCAAACUGAAAUUAAGGAAAUGAUUGGGUCUGGACCAGUAGUUGUUGCCAGCAAAUCGGGCAAACGUUCGAAGGCCGAACAGGCCGCACUUAAAGAUUUUAGUAUUGAGUACUCAAAAUCAAGUCGCGCAGGAUGUCGUGGCUGUGAGUUAAAAAUAAACAAGGACGAAAUUAGGGUAUCAAAAACCGUUUACGAUACUGAAGUUGGAAUGAAAUACGGCGGGCAAAAGGUUUGGCAUCAUUUGGAGUGCUUUGCCCAAAUGCGCACCGAUAUCGGGUGGUUUGAUAGUGGUGAAAAUCUACCCGGAUAUAAGUCAUUGAAAAAGGAGGAUAAGGAACUAGUCUUAAAGACUCUACCAGUGCUUAAAUCUGAAGAUAUGCCUGAAGUCAAGAAGCCAAAACUGGAACCAAAUAUAGAAGCCGAGGAAAAAGAAAAGAUGAAGAAACUACAGAAACAAAAUGAUGUUCUGUUUAAAUAUCGGGAUAAUAUAAAGAAAGAAAUGAAAAAGCACGAUAUUGAAAAGUUAUUGAGAUAUAAUACACAGGAGCCCAUUCCUGGUGACUCGGAAAAGCUGCUAGAUCAAGCAGCAGAUCUAAUGGCCUUUGGCGCUAUAAAGCCCUGUCCGGAGUGCAAGAGUACUCAAUUCAUAUUCAACAAAUCUGGUUAUUCUUGCAAUGGAAAUAUCUCUGAAUGGACCAAAUGCACGCAGCUAUUAACUGAGCCCAAACGCACUGCAUGCAAAAUCCCAGAUGAAUUGAAGUCCGAGUAUAGUUUUUUGAGUUCCUACAAAAAAAAACCCGAAACGCGUAUUAUUCAGUACAUUCCUCCAAGUGCAGCAACUAUUGCUAAGGACAUUGCCAUAAAGAAAAAUCCAGAUGAACUUGAUGGUCCUAAAGUUAAACGAGAAAAGCCUGCGCUAUAUAACUUUAAAUUCUCAGUUGUGGGCUUAAAGGAAGAAGAGGAGGAAAUUAAAAAACGAAUCGUUAAGCUGGGAGGAAAGUGUGACAGCAAGAUCACAGACGGCACCAUUGCUGUGAUUUCCACAGAAAAAGAAGUAAAAAAGUUGAGCUCUCGUAUAACUAAAGCGAAGGAGCUUGGCAUACACAUAGUUCCUAUGAAGUACCUUGAUUGCGUCGAGUCUGACAGCAGUGGCGCCCUCAACUUUAUAAGCAGUAUGACCCUUUGUGACUGGGGAACAGACCCAGCCGCUCGAUUGCCUCAAGAUGAAAUAAAGAGCUCGAAGUCAAAGAGUAUUUACACAAAGUCGGUACCAAAGUCGGUUACUCUUAAAAUGAAGAAUGGACUGGUAGUUGACCCCGGGAGUGGUCUGGAAAAUGUUGCGCACGUCUAUGUCAAAGGUGACGAUAAAUAUAACGUUGUACUUGGCUUAACCGACAUACAACGAAACAAAAAUUCGUUUUAUAAACUACAACUUUUGGAGGCCGACACGAAAAAUAAGUAUUGGGUCUAUCGGUCUUGGGGUCGUAUUGGCACAACUAUUGGCAACUCAAAACUGGAGGACUUCCAUUCACUAAUCGAUGCUAAGCAAUGCUUUUUCGAUGUGUAUGCAGAUAAGACAGGCAAUGAUUUUAGGAACAGGAAUAAUUUUGUCAAAAUGCCGGGUCGAAUGUAUCCGAUUGAUGUUCAAUACGAUGCGGGUGAUGAAUCAAAACAAUCUAAGUUUGAUAAUAUUCCAUCUAAACUGGAUCCUGCGGUUCAGAAAUUAGUACAGCUUAUAUUCGAUGUCGACACUAUGAAAAAAACAAUGAUGGAAUUUCACAUAGAUAUGGAAAAAAUGCCAUUGGGCAAACUGAGCUUGAAGCAAAUUCAGUCAGCGUAUACUGUUGUCAAUGAAAUUUACGAGUUGAUUCAGCUAAGCGGGUCCAAUGCUAGAUUUAUUGAUGCCACUAAUCGGUUCUACACAUUGAUUCCUCACAGCUUCGGAGUCCAUGCGCCACCGUUGAUUGAAACCAUAGAGCAGGUGGAGAGCUUAAGGCAAAUGUUGGAUUCGUUGUCUGAGAUUGAGAUUGCUUACAAUUUAAUAAAGCACGAAGAUACUUCGGAGGAAAAGAAUCCAUUAGACAAGCAUUACGAAAAGUUGAAAACACAACUGGAGCCGAUCGAUAAAAAGAGUGACGAGUUUAAGCUACUCAAAAAUUACGUGCAGAAUACGCAUGCAUCUACACAUAGUUCAUACGAGCUGGAAAUAAUUGACGUCUUUAAGGUAGCCCGUCAAGGUGAAGCUCGUCGGUUUAAGCCAUUCAAGAAGCUACAUAAUCGAAAAUUGCUUUGGCACGGUUCGCGUCUGACAAACUUUGUGGGAAUUUUGUCUCACGGCUUGAAAAUUGCGCCACCCGAAGCCCCACCAACAGGCUAUAUGUUUGGCAAGGGCAUUUAUUUCGCAGACAUGGUGUCCAAGUCGGCCAAUUAUUGUUGCACCAGUCAGCAGAACUCUACAGGUCUUAUGAUGCUGUCCGAAGUGGCCUUGGGCGACAUGAUGGAAUGCACGGCUGCCAAGUAUGUAACCGAGCUGCCCAAGGGCAAACACAGCUGCUUUGGCCACGGCCGCACGAUGCCCGAUCCCAAAGAGUCGCAUUUUCGAGAUGAUGGAGUUGAAAUACCUCUGGGAAAGCCCAUCACCGAUGAUAAGUUAAAGUCUUCGUUGUUGUACAAUGAGUUUAUUGUGUAUGACAUUGCACAGGUCAAUAUACAAUACUUGUUCCGCAUGGAAUUUAAAUAUAAAUAUUGAAUGUUGUUGUGUGUUAAAUGAAUAUUAAA